AUGCGUCGUACGGUGACUGAUGAAACGCCCAAGCGGGAAAAGCGUCAGAACGUCGUGUUCACGCCUGAAUCCGACGGCUUAGCUCUUGUUUCGGGAACCUCACGCUCGUCACGCUCACCAACAACGAGCACCAACUCUCAGAGGAUGUCGGUUUUGCGACACAUCUCGAUGGUCGAGGCGUCUCGGCACCGACUUUCCAUUAGGAAGUCAGCAGCAUUUCCCAUGCAGCAGACGGCACCGAAGCCGUUUCUUGCAUGCUGCGCAGACAUCACGCGGCACGGAAGGGACUGGAACGCGGAGUUCCAGUUGGCGUGGGAGAUGGAGGACAACACCAUUUCACAGGCCGAGAGCCGCAUGGAGGCUCUUCGCCGCGUCGAGGAGGAAUUUGUGGCGGAGGCCGUGUACACUGUAAGGCAGAUCGUCACGCUUGAUGACGACGGGCCACGGGAGCUGCCCAAGUUCCUGCAGUGCUAUCGCGUCGACAACAUCUUCUUCCGUGUUUUACCGGACAGUCGUUCUGGGCGUAACUAUGUGGCGUCGCUCCGCGGUGUACUGCAGAGUCGAACCCGUCUGAUGACUGUGCCGCUCUCAUGUAUGCUAUUCUACCGGGGAAUGCCGGUGCUGGCGCAGGCCCUCGUCCCGAUGCCACGGCAACCCACCCGGCUUUACGGCGCGGAUUCUACAAACGAUAAGGAAGUGGAGGCGGAAAUUGUUCAGAUGGCCAAGGCGCUGAAUAUUCCCUUUCCGGACGGUACUCUCGAAGUUUAUGAAGGACUGGAUGGCCGGUACUACUUGACAAACUCAAACUCAACGUUGACACCGCUUUUUUUUGACGAUACCAUCAUGAAACGUCAAGAGAUGCUUCGUUCAUGUAGUAAUGUGACGGAUGGACACGACGAUACCAUGGCAUUGCUAGACAAUUCUGAGGUUCUGGACGCCGUUGUGCAGGCUUGUAUGGACAGCGAGUCCCGCACAGUAGGCGAUUGCCUCAGGAGUGUCUGUGAACACUUGCAUGCGUUCGGUGUGAACAUGUGUUUGUUGAAACAAGUGGUUCAGAAGAUCACUAGGGCAGGCCGAUACGAUAAGGCAACAGUUUCUCAGGUGAGGGAGUUGCUGUUUGUAGAAAUGCUUUCUCGGUCGGUAAAACAAGAGUUUUAUUUGGAGGUUCAGGGGAAACGCGUCGCGUACGAUGAUGAAGUUUUGAGUGCGACGCUCUCUAAACAUAUGGGUGAAGCAUUUGCGAAUGUGGACGUGUUCCAGAGUCGAUUCUUAGAGGUUGUAGCCAAAAAGUAUGGAGUCAUUGACGAAGAUGAUGAUAUUAUACAUGGACUUACAGUGGUGCGAGCAAAGCGUAAGGCAGAAAUUGUGGCGCGUAUCUGUGCAUUGCUUGGUGUAACCAUUGAAAAGACGACCGGCCACCUUUCAAGGAUGAAGUGGCAUGUAAAUGUGAAUGCACGCGUCCUUCCAUCAUUAAUAAACCCCGGACAUGUACGCAAUCUGGCUGGAAAGUACCGCACCAUCAUCACACAGGACAGCCAUCGAUACGCCUUCUGUCUGCCAGUGCGCUGGAAGGUUGCGUGCUGGGAGGGGCGCUACGAGGAGGCGCUUGACCUCGUCCAUGAGACUGCUAUGGCGCAUCGCGAGCAAUGUGGUGAAGAGGCUAUAGUUCCUCUCUACUCACGACGGAGUGUGUGCGAGGUCUGCUUUGCGACCAUGCAGAAGGAAUGUAUUGCCGAGGGAAGAAGCUUGUUCCCUGGUGUGAUGCGUGGGUUCGAGGAACUGACUUGCCCAAUGACGCAGGGCCGCCGCCACAUUGAGUACGGCUUCUGGCUCCUGCGCGUUGCACUGGUGUAUCAGCCUGACGACCUUGUUACAUACCGCAGUUGUGUAGAAGAGGCUGUGGAACACUUCUACAGUGCCAUUGAAAAGCUUCCAUCUUAUCUCAAGAGUGAACAUGGCUCAUGGCUGCACCUUCAACCAUACAAGGGGCUUUUGCAAUGUAAACGAUUGCUGCCGUCGUGCUCUGUGAACACCAGAGAGCUCGUGGAGCGCUCCAUCGAGUUAGGUAGUAUUGGCUGGGCAUCUGAUUUCUUCAUGCUGUAUUUGUGGGAUUUGAGCUUGCAACUCGAGGCGGAAGGUCGUUACGAAGAUGCGAUGCGUGUUCUACUAACAGCCAUCACAGUGAGUAAGAGAAAGCCUACUGUUUCAUUUGACCUGCCCACACUUUUGAUGGAUGCCGCACACAUAUACCGCUCAUGGGACCAGGACAAGUUUUCUGAACACUGUAUGACGCUAAUGCGUGAGGCAGCUGAAAAGGCUGGUGAGCUCUUUGGGGUGCGUAGUAGGGAAUUCGGUGUCGUGGUAAAUAACAAGGGUGCGAUUGAAAUUGAGCUCAAUCGUUUGAAGGAGGCAGCAGAGUCAUUGAAGAAGGCGGGCUACGCCUUCACUGAGGCUGGUGUGCCACAUGAUGACCCGGACUACAAGGCAUACCUUGAAAACCUUGUUUUCCUUGAGCAACGUCUUACAGCACGGCCGAUUUUACGACGAGGGUUCUUGCGUCGCUAUCCAUUUCUCGCAAGCCGUUCAGGGGACUUUCCCUUCAGUGACGUGAGACCGCUUGAGGAUGAGGUCUUUGUUGGCCUGGCACACCAGCGGGCACGGAUGCCAGACAACACGGCGGACGCAAAACGGGUGGAGCAGAUGAUGAAGGAGAGGUUGUGGGAGUUACACCGUUUCAUUCAGGAUGGUGAUGUAUUGAAGCGGCAUCCAUUCUUGCCGGCCAUGAAUCACAAAAUACCUACCGCGAGUCUGGGGCUUGAUGACGACAUCAUUUUCACAGAUCUUGUAAGUAAACUACAGUGCAGCACAGACAGCGCAGAGUCAAGAGCAUUAGAGCAUAACAUUCGCGGGUAUGUCGCCAAAAAAGCAGAGGAUGUGGCGUUACAGCGGGCGUACAUGGAUCGCCAUGAGCAGGAGUUCAACGACACACACGGGGAGUACGUGAACCUGAUGCUCCCUAUUCCAUGGCUGUACGUCCUCGAGGACGAUCGGUUCAACGCCUUGUGUGAUCAGCUGCAGAAAUACAUAAACUCGCAGGCCAAUGAAGCACAGAUUCUGGAUACCCAACAGCAAAUUGCGCGCUGUGUGGAGGAGAUUGAAGAUGAGACGCAAGAAUGGAGAGGGGAACUCUCACAGUGGCUGUUGCCUUCCAAACUCUACCUCGUCUCCGCAAAGGACCUCGUUGAGGACAUGCACUUGCACGACCUGCUUCGCGUACGUCGACUGGCUGACCCUGGUAGUGAUAUGACUAUGGAACAAAUGGACGACCUCCUGCGUGACAAACUCACAGCUUUGUGGGAGCGUGCCUACAUGUCUCGCUUGUGCCUUGCUGUUGAUGACGAGGAGCUCCACCAAGAGUUUCCAUUUCUUCCAGAGAUGCCGCACCAUCAGCGUCUCUCAAUGCUCAUGGUGUUCGAGGACCCGACUGUGUCUAGCUUGGUUGCGCAGCUGCGCGUGCGAGACGCUGAUAGUCGCAUGCAAUCGGAGAUGGUGGCGGCGGUUAAUUCUCUUGCGGCGCGCCGACGGGAUGCGAAGGAGCUGAAGAAGUGGUAUUACGACAUCGAAAGCGUUAUCACAGGAGCCAUUUGCCUCGAGGAUCUCCCAAAGGUGCGCGACGAUUACUACGUGGGCCUGUGGCAGCGCAGAAAUAUCUUAAAGGCGGACCACGACGAAGAAUCCCCGCUUAUGUUGCUGCUGACACGUCGGAUGGAGCAGCGAAUCAUCCAGAUGAACUCGUGGAUGCGCAAGGUGAGCGCCAAUGGUUACCGGCGGCGACUGCACCUUGAGGCAAAGUACCCUUUCCUUCCACGUCGUCACCAGGGCUACACAUUGGAUGCACUUGAUAUCGAGGUGGACGAGGAGUUCGUGUCUAUUGUUGUGCAACGGCAGCGGCUUCUCGCUUCACAGGAUGCGAAACCAGGGGAAAUUGACCGCCUCAGCCGGCGUGCCGGCAAGCGGGUGGGAAAGAUCGCCGCUCACCGCCUCAGGCAGGCGGAACUGUACAAGAAGCAUUACCCGUUCCUCCCCACCCGACUAGAGGGGGUUGAGACGUGCACUAUCCGUUUGGAGGAUAAUGAAAUCUUCGCACAGAAGGCGGCGUACUACGCCCGACUCCGGGCUUCUGGCAGUGGCGACACUGGGGUACGGUGCCGGCGACUGGCAAGGGAAAUGGAGAACGUCGCAAUCGCAACAGCUCGUGAAAUCAGUGUCCGCAACUGGCGCAACUCGAUAGAGAGCGAGGAUCUGCAUGAGCGAUACCCGUUUCUCCCGGAGGAGCCGGCACGUGACAUUCUCCUCGGCGACGUGCGGCCGGUAGAGCAACCGGAGUUCCGCGCGCUCUCCAACGAGCUUGACGUGCUGCGCCGGGACCCGCUGCGCAACGCCGCUGCCAUCCGCGCGACGGAGGAGAAGCUGUCCGCACUGGUGGUGCGACUUGCCGAAGAGAAGGCGGCGGCGACCGAGGCGGCACACGAACAGUACCCCUUUCUGCCAAGGCGUGUGCUUGGCGUUCGUCUCGGCGACCUCCCGCUAAAAGAGGAUGAGCUCUUUAUGACUGCUGCUAGUGAAGAUGGGAAGGGCAAGGAGUCACAUCUCAUUGCGAGAGCGGUUCAGUUGGCCGUGUCCCACAACCUGAACGAUGCGCAGCUGGCAGACAAUGACGAUACCGUACUCGCUGAGCACCCAUACCUGGUGUAUACGUCGCGCAAAUGCUUCCCGUUACGACAUCUUCCUUUGCAAGACGACGCGCUAUUUAAUGAGCGCCUUGAUGAGUAUGACGAACUUAUGAAACUCUCUUCUUUUGAAGAGGACGCUGCAUCUACCCUCCGAUACCUUUUGGCGUGCCGUGCUGAUGAGCUUGCAUUGAGGGAGAUUGAGAAGAUCGAGCGAAUAAAGCAGACUUUUGUUGCCCUGCAGCCACUAUCGUUGGAGGAUCUUUGCCACCUACAGGAUCGGCGAGAGUUUCAGAACUACGGUGACGACGUUGCCAGCAACGUUUCACCGAUCAUGUUGGAGGAUGCAAAACGAAGUCUCAAGGAUGUGCGGGAGGAUCGUGCUGCUAAGGUGCGUGAGGUGGAUGCGCUUCGGAAAACGUACCCUAUGCUUGGCCGCGACAUCCACCCCGGCAUCCUUGAGCACCCCGCCAUUGCGAAGCUGGUGGGCGAUCACGAGGAGCUCAUGGACGACGUGGAAGGAAAUGCGGGUGAGCUGCAUAAACUCGAGGAGGAAAUUGCGCGGCAAGCAGGGGAGUAUAAGACGCAACUUAAGUCAGACCAAAACGCCCUUGAGCGGUCCCGCAGCCCAAAAUCAAUGCCGCAUGUAGAGGCAGCCGUUGUCAGCAUCGAGGAAGAUAUUCUUGACGACGAGUACUACCAGCAGCUAACUGCUCAGGUCAGCGAGAUUGAAGCAAAACAGGACCCGGCAGAUGCGCCACUUCUGGGGCGCCUUCACGCACAGAUUGAGGGGCGAAAGAGCCAAUUACAACACGAUGCCGACCGGCAGAACGCGCAAAUCAAAAAACAGACAGCGCGAACAGCAGAACGAUACCCGUUCCUCAAAGAUCAGUAUCAUGGGAUUCCUACUACAGCUCUUAACCUUGAAGAGGAUGAUGAAAUGCAGAGAUUGGAGCAGGACAGAGAAACGCGUGAUUCUCAGCAGGCAGGGAGCCCAACCCAGGUCGAAAAGGCUAUGAGAGAGCGUGCGCAGGAAAUAGCGCUGGCGCUGCGCGUAGAGGAGAAGGCGCUCAUGGCCACCCUGCCAUUCCUUGGGCGCUCUGUGAAAGGGAUCCCGCUACGCGAGUUGGGCCUCCUGACGGAUCCGAACUUUGCGGAGUUGGCCUCACGGUAUGCGGAGGUGGUGUCGAGCGGCGACGCAGCGGAGCGGUCGCGUCUAGAGCAGGAGCUGCGCGACCAGGCUGGGCGCAUAGCGCGUGAGGUGCGGACUGCCAGACGGCGUGACGGCGUUCGGAAUGAGGAUCUGCAUGAGCGAUACCCGUUUCUCCCGGAGGAGCCGGCACGUGGCAUUCUCCUCGGCGACGUGCGGCCGGUGCAGCGGCCGGAGUUCCGCGCGCUCUCCAACGAGCUUGACGUGCUGCGCCGGGACCCGCUGCGCAACGCCGCUGCCAUCCGCGCGACGGAGGAGAAGCUGUCCGCACUGGUGGUGCGACUUGCCGAAGAGAAGGCGGCGGCGACCGAGGCGGCACACGAACAGUACCCCUUUCUGCCAAGGCGUGUGCUUGGCGUUCGUCUCGGCGACCUCCCGCUAGAGGAGGACAACCUGUUCUCGCAGCUGGCACGCCGUCGCGAGCGCCAGAUGAAGAACCCGAGGACUGCGAAGGACGCCCGUGCGACGGAGGCUGAGAUGGCGCAGCGCGCGGAGGCGCUGGCUCGCGAGGCGAAACUUGUGGAUACGUUCCGUGGCGACGGGAAUGAGUACGUGCGCGCGCGUAACCCAUUCCUUCUGUACGAAGACCGCAAGUGCAUACUCCUGAGCGAGAUACCACUCUCGGGUGACCACGCGUACCAGCAGCUGUUCCGCGACCGCCUCGAAGCGCUGGAGGACGUGGAGGCAAAUGCACCGCGUAUCGCGAAGCUGGAGGUGUCGCUGUGUGCCCGGGCAGAUGAGCUGGCGCUUGGCCAGUGCGAGAAGGAUUCUCUGCUGAAGGAAUACCCAUUCCUUGUGUUCCACAAUGUCCCUGGCUGGAUUAAUGAGCUGCUGCAAGACGAGGAGUUCCGGAAGCUGCGCGACCGCUACGACGAACUGCGCCGAGACCCACAGAAGAACGCGAAGGAGCUCCGUGAGCUGGAGGAUGCAAUGAAUGACCGAUGCGAAGCCCUUGCACAGGCACUGCGGACUGCUGAGGGGGCUGAGGCCGCGGAGCAAGAGAAGCUGCGGAUAAAGUUUCCUAUGUGUCCUGAUGUUCCUGCAACCAUUACGGCUGAUUCUGAGUUUGUGAAAUUAACAACUAGACGUGCAAGUUUGCUUGAUGAUGCUGCAGCACACGCGAAGUCUAUUGCAAUGCUGGAUGCUGGUACAAUUCGGCGGGCUUCGUUGCUGUCGUUGUCCUUGGAGGAGAGCAAUAUUGAGUCUUAUCAGGAGUCUGAGGUAAUUUCCUUCAAUGUGCGUGUUAAGCGUCAUGUCGUGCGGCGGCGAAGGACGAGAUUUCCUACUCAUGUGGAUCGGGAUUUAAUGGAUGCUCUUGCUGGACAUACUACUGGAGAGGGGGAAGAGGAUCCUCAGCGAGAGACAGAUGACUCCCAUGCGGAAGAGGAUGUGGUGACUGCUGGAGAAGCCUUGCCGGCACAUGCCUUGGCUUCGCUUGUCGUGGUAGAUGAUGACGAGGCCAGGGAAAGGGGGGUUUUGGCCUCACAAGAGGCAACAGAGCGCCACGAAUCGGUUGUGGGAGCUGCGAUGGAGUGUGAGGCGACAUACCGAGACACAGUCUCGCGGGAGGAGCCUAUAACCCGUUCAGUUCUGUUGUUGACGGAGUUAGAAGAACGCGAGGCUAUAGAGCGAGAUGACAUCGAAAAAGACUGCAGGCUCUGCGAGGAGAAUAUGGGCAGUGAAAUGGCUGCUGAUGAGAGACGCCUGGCCGAAGAGGCUUUUAUCCUCCAUGCCAAAGAGGCGAUGGAGGCAGCUAUUGUUGAUGCCGUCAAUGGUGAAGCAGCUGAUCGAGAGGAGCUACUGCGCACAGCAUAUGGAGAACGCUGUGCUCUUGAAGUUGCACAACUCCAGGCAGAAGAAGGCUUUGACCGUCGACACAUUGCACAGGAGGAGACUACAGAGGCUCAGGAAUUGACCCUUGCCCAAUCUCACAUUCAAGCAGAAGUUGCCAGACAAGCCGCUGAGUCUCAGCUAAGGCAACUACAGACCCAUAUGGACGAGGCAGAGGCGCAGGGCAGAAUGAACGUGGCAAAUAACGAAGAUGUGGAAAGACAGCGCUUGGUCGCUGAAGCAGUAAACAACACGAAAACCAUCGCCUAUGUGCAGCUGCUAAAUCAGUUUUACACGGACGAAGGGCAACAGAGACACACGGUUGAGGCUACUGAGGUGGGGGAAAUUGCAAUACUGGCGAACUGUAAAAUUGUGGAGCGUGAAGUACUUCUUCGACAGUUCAUCGAGCAUGAUGCCGAUGCUGCAUUUGAUAGCACGAAGACAGCCUGCGACGAGUGCUUACAUCGCUUGACUGCGCAGGAGGAGGCAGUAAGAAAUGUGCUGAGUGCCGAAGAGGACGAGCGGGCCCGUAUCAUGAAUGAGGAGAUCCGUGACCGUGACUGCAUGGAGGCCAAUAGGAAGGAAGAGGGCAGCGCGAUUGAGCGCGCCUGGAAGGCCAUGGAAGAGGACUGCCGGCUUGCACGGGACAUGGAGUCGAAAGGGCGUGACCGUGUCGUGGCCGUUGAAGAAGAGGAAAGGAGGGCCCUUCAGCGGCAGAUGCAUGCAGCACUAGCCUUGAGUGCGGCUGUGACAGCCUUGGUAACCGCUGAAGGGGCUGCACGUCGCUCUGUUGUGGAUAGCGAGGGCAAUGAUAGGUCGGGCUUCUCUGAGCUGUGCAACGAGUCGGUGGUUCGGGCAAAGCGCAUCCAAGAAGAGAGAGAAGAUAUGGAAAAGAGGAGACUGCACAAACAACGCGGAGAGGACGCAGCUACAUUGAUCAAGAGUGUUGCGUGCGGCUAUAGAGUAAGGCGGCGCCUGGGGAAUCGCUACUGUAACCGGAAGGCACACGAAUACAAAAAUGCGAUGGCAAACACGUUGCGCAUGGAGUUUGCUGCCAGAAAUGCUGUCCUCGACGACGAAAAAGUAGAACGUCAACAGCUUGCGGAUACAGAGAAUCGCCUCUUAGCUCUCAGCCGAAAAAACCUUGGCAAAACACUGGCUGAAUUAGAGAAGGAGGAAGAUGAUACACGCCACCAGCUGAUUGAUGACAGCAUGUUUCAACUUGGUCAACUCCAACGCGCCUCCCGAAAGCUCCUUGCAAAGCAGCAGGAUCAGACCCCGUCGUUAAACAAACUCAAAGAGUUUGAGGACCGUGAAGACAUGAUGCACCACUCAGUUGAGGAGCCCUUCGCGAAGGAGAAGCCUAGCGCGCACGUCAACGACUAUAUCAACGACACAGAUGAUGAUGAUGAUGAUGAUGAUGAUGCGCCGAUAGAGAGUGGAAAGUACAAGGGAUAUGCUCUGGAUCCCAUAGGUACCUUCUUGUUACAAUAUGAGCGUGACCUGCGGCGCUUUCGAGCCUCCCUUGAGAAGAACAGACAGACUGUGGCGGCGGAGCAUGACUUGUUGAAGAAGUCUCGCGAUAAUGCCACACAGGAGAUGGUGCACGGUGGUUCUGGGGCUUUGUGGAUUCCGACCCGACCAUUGCCUUUGUCUGACCUUGUACGCGGACCAUCUGCCCAGUACCGUCGCGGCCGAAUUGCUGAUGCAAGGGGGCAGCGACCCUCUUCAAGAAUAACGGACGCUGAUGGAAGAGCCGUGACGCCAAGUGAUGCGCCGCCCUUUGAAGGCUUCGUGAAACAAGGCCGUCCAUUUUGA